AUGGCAGGACCUGCUACAUCAAUAAGAUUACGGCAGUUUGUAGAUUCAAAACCCAAUGUUCCUGUAAGAAUUGUUCAUCAUCAGGGAAAGGAUGUUCACGGUUUCUAUCCAGGGCAAACGGCUCGGGUUCAUGUUGCAUAUCCUCCUGAAAGACAACUGGGACCUUUUAAAGCACUGCAGCCAGCUCCACCUCCAAUAAAACGUGAAAUUGUACCUCAGCAUGAUUUUGACUAUUUAAUUCUGAAGAGGUAUAUCCAUUACCAAAGGACAAAGAAGAGACCUCACAACUGGUACACACAAACCACAUACAGAGAAGCAUUCACAUUCCCAUUUUAUGAACCAGACAUUGCUGAAUUUGGGGGUCUCCCAAGAAUUGAAGCUGAAGCAUUAUCAGUUUGGAAAAGUACUUCUGCCUUGAAGAGGACGAAAGUUAGACCUUCGUUUAUGGGGUUUUGA